ACACCUGUGUUUACUCCUUUUCCAUAUCUUGACCGUAACGAGCCCUCCUUCCUGCAAAUACAUUUUUGACUGCGCAUUUUUAUUUCCCCCAAUUCAAAAUCAUUUCUGGUGUAAUUAGGGUUUGCUUUUUUAAUUUAAUAAAUUCCCAUGGCGAAAGGGAAAAUACUGAAUUACAGGCAACAAGCCAAGAGAUCUUCAACAAUUGCAUUAGUGCUGUCUAUGUUGCUGAUGUUAACUGUUGUUCUGUUAAUGCUGCUAGCUCUUGGUAUCCUCUCUCUUCCUGUUUCUGAUGCUGAUGUUGAUUCCAACCCCAUUUCUAAUCACUUCAAAUUUAAUCGCAAGAUCAUCAACCACAAUACCAACAUAGUUGACAGUGAUGUAUCGGAAUCGAGAGAAGACCAAUGGACUGAAAUUCUCUCUUGGGAGCCUCGAGCUUUUCUCUAUCAUAACUUUUUGUCGAAGAAAGAAUGUGAGUAUUUGAUUAAUCUUGCGAAACCCCAUAUGGCGAAGUCCACAGUUGUGGAUAGCAAAACCGGGAAGAGUAAAGAUAGCAGGGUCCGUACAAGCUCCGGAAUGUUUUUAAGGAGGGGCGGAGACAAGAUAAUUAGCAACAUAGAGAAAAGAAUAGCAGAUUUUUCUUUCAUUCCCGCCGAUCAUGGAGAAGGACUACAAGUUCUCCACUAUGAAGUAGGACAGAAGUACGAACCUCACUAUGACUACUUUCUUGACGAGUACAACACUAAAAAUGGUGGUCAGAGGAUAGCUACUGUGCUCAUGUAUCUGUCAGAUGUCGAGGAAGGGGGUGAAACAGUAUUUCCUGCAGCCAAAGGAAAUUUUAGCUCUUCGCCAGGUUGGAAUGAGUUGUCUGCUUGUGCUAAAAGAGGACUUUCUGUGAAACCGAAAAUGGGCAAUGCUUUGCUUUUCUGGAGCAUGAGGCCUGAUGCCUCAUUGGAUCCUUCAAGUUUGCAUGGUGGUUGUCCAGUGAUUAAGGGGAACAAGUGGUCGUCUACUAAGUGGAUGCAUGUUGAUGAAUACAAGAUUUAGGUCGUAAUCUUUUGUAAGGAUAUAUAUGCUGUUCCAUUUGGAAUUUUGCCUAUGAAGGUCCAGAAGUCAUGGAAAACUCAAGUGCACAGCUUGCAGAUGAGCUGAAGCCAGAUAAUCACAGGCUUCUACAUCUUCCUUAGGAAAAGCAUAUUUAGAGUAGAGCCUGCAAUCACAUCAGGAAUUAAGCCAUUUGCACUGAACAUACUUUUUGUUAGAUUGUUGGUAAAAUAUGAAAUCAGCUAGGAGCUGGGUUUACUGCAAAUCUGGCUGUGUCAGCUUUGCAAAUCUUAUGUGUCAUGGUCUUGCGAGUUAAUUUCACUACUAUGGGUGAAAUUGUUUUGCUGAUUAAUUAGAGUCAGUAAACUACCAAAGUUUUAGUUAUCCUAUGCCAGUGUGUUGUUGUCUA